AUGCAGCCCCCGGGCGCUCAGCAGCCGCCGCUCUACGCGCCCAGCAGCGGGGACUUCACCUUCGUCUCCUCGGCGGACGCCGAAGAUCUUAGUGGUUCCAUAGCAACUCCAGAUGUUAAGCUGAAUCUUGGAGGAGAAUUCAUCAAAGAAUCUACUGCAACUACAUUCCUAAGACAGAGAGGAUAUGGCUGGCUUCUGGAAGUGGAAGAUGAUGACCCAGAAGAUAACAAGCCACUUUUGGAAGAACUCGACAUUGAUCUGAAGGAUAUUUACUACAAAAUUCGAUGUGUGUUGAUGCCUAUGCCAUCUCUUGGGUUCAAUAGGCAGGUAGUGAGAGACAAUCCAGACUUUUGGGGUCCUCUGGCAGUUGUCCUCUUCUUCUCAAUGAUUUCAUUAUAUGGACAAUUUAAGGUUGUUUCUUGGAUCAUAACUAUUUGGAUAUUUGGAUCCUUGACAAUUUUUUUACUGGCCAGAGUUCUUGGAGGAGAAGUUGCUUAUGGCCAAGUUCUGGGUGUAAUAGGAUAUUCCCUACUUCCCCUCAUUGUCAUAGCACCUGUACUUUUGGUGGUUGGAUCAUUUGAAGUUGUUUCUACCCUAAUAAAAAUUAUUUUUAGUCACUGCAGCAUGAAUAUGACAGUCAUUGUUCUGAGACCUCCCCAUAGUGGUAGCGGUACAAAGCUCUCCAUACCCUUUGCAGAGAAGUUGUUUGGAGUCUUUUGGGCUGCAUACAGUGCUGCAUCAUUGCUAGUUGGAGAAGAAUUCAAGACCAAGAAACCCCUUCUAAUUUAUCCAAUCUUUUUAUUAUACAUUUAUUUUCUGUCCUUGUAUACUGGGGUGUGAUCUAGUGUAAGAUGUGGCCAGAAACCAUAUUUCAGUCACUUGCAGACUGAUAAUGAGUAAGAUUAAGAAAGUUGGAGAUAAUAAAAGUGACUGUUUUGUAUGCAGUUGUUGAGAUGUUUUAAGAUGGAAGAGCAUAUUUGUGUAUAUUAUUUAAUGAAGCAAUUGUAGCUAUAUAGAUUUGUAUCAAAGUUCUAGGUUUGUUUAAGACUCUUCAGAUUUUAAUGAACAAAAUAAAAGAACCUUGUGUUUUAUAAUAAAGCGUAGCAAAACUGCAACUCAAUACCUGUGCCAAAAGCACUGGGACCAGAUUACUAUAUUCAAGAAUUAAAAAUGAGAAGUUAACUGUUAACAAUCUCAAAGUGCAAUUUUUCCUUUAAGCUUAAACACAGCUGGCUUUUUUUGGCACAGCAAAUUCUGUAGAUAAUAUAUAUUUAUGAAACAGUCCUGAUUGUUCACAGAAUAGUCUGCAUAAUCAAGACAAAAAUAUACUACUUUUAAUUUAGUGCCUCAAUUACUGUGAUUUGGCUGUUGAGUUUUUAUAAAUUCCAAUUUGUUUUCAAAACAUGUAUAUACUGUGUAUUUUGUAUCUAUGGCUUGUGUGUACCGUAAAUACUCCUUGGUUAAGGAUGUAUAUUGGGUUUUUAAAAUUUGAAGAUACAAGUAUUUGAAAUUUUCAUUUACUAUCUCUGACCAAAGGAGCAAGAUACUUACUGCGUGGCAUAAUUAAUUAAAGUGCAUAUUUAGAGAAUCAAAUUAUUUUACUUAAAAGUAUAAAUUUAUAGAGAAAUGGGUGAACACCUUUCUCAACUCUAGUCCUGGCCUAAUGUUGGAGAAAAAAAAAGGUGAUCUAUCAAAUUUGUGUGAUCUUCAAACAAUGUUAUUUUAUGAUGACAAAAUAAAAAUAUUGCUUCCCUAA